AUUCACAUCAGCAGCGCACAACCAAACAUGAAAUUUUUUAUAUUCGCUUCCGCUUUUCUGGUCUUCUGCGAUGCCGUACCUUCCCCUGGUAUUUUGGCCCCAAUUGGUCCAGUGGCGUUAACAACAGCACCAGUAUUUUCGAUACCAGCUAAAGUUUCCAGCCAAUAUCAUUCACAGGAUGGACUCGGCCAUUACGCAUACGGCUAUUCCAACGAUCUUUCCGCUAAAAAUGAAAUUAAGCAACUAGAUGGAACCACGGUGGGUUCCUACUCUUACGUCGACGCAGAAGGGCAAAUCCAAAAUGUACAGUACAGGUCUGAUGAUGUUAACGGAUUUAGAGUUUUCGCCACUAAUCUCCCAGUUGCGCCAUUACCUAUCGACCCGAUAAAGGUUGCUCUGCCCCAGCCUGUUCAGGACACACCCGAAGUGGUCCAAGCCAGGUCUCAACACCUCGCCGCAGUAAAAGAAGCCGAGAAACCUAACGAGACGACAACAACUGCUGAACCAGAAAAAUUAACGGAACCGUCUCCUACGGUAGCAGAAAAUGCAACUGAUGCUGUAAUUCCGCAAGCGCCAGCAUCUAUACUGCGAGCAGCUUUGCCAGUUGUACAUGCCCCAUCGUUAGUCGCAACCCCAUUCAGCUACGGUUUCAGCUAUAGCACCGUUCAACUUAACCCUUACGUUGCUCAACCGUUGAUUUCAACUUACCACGGUCCUGUGUUUUCCCAAGAACAACGUCAUCUGGUACUCGAAACCAAACACGAAGAGCAAGUUGUGGAUGAAACUGAACUUAAUCAAGAGUCUGGCGUGGUGGUUGAAGCUGCGCGAUCUGACAAUCAGGCUACUGCACCCCUUCCCAUCGCUCCUCAAUUUACUCCGGAAGUUGCAAAGGCUAGGGCGGAACAUUUGGAAGCAGUGGAAAACAUCAAGAAAGAUAUUGAGAAGCAGUAAUUUGCUUUGGUUGCUUUUUAGUGUAAUUAGAUAAGUUGAUUAAU